AUGUACGAAAUCGGCUUCAACGACGUGCCCUGGUUCCCGAACCGUGGAGUGCAGGUGGGCUUCACGGUCGGGUACCUGGUGGCCAUGCCGCUGAUCAGCCUGAUGCUCUUCUCGCGCUUCCCGCUCAUCAAGACCUUUCACGAAAUCACCAGUUGGACACUGCAAUACACCCGGGUAACCAUCCUGAUCGCGCUGAGCGCAAGCUGGUGCUACAUCUUCGUUGGCGGGCUCCUCAAUCUCGGCGUCGGGCUCAGCCAGAGCCUCCGCGAGUGCUCGACCGGACUUUUCCUCUGCACAUGGUUCUACACCACGACAAAGCUGGGGAUAUACCUCUUUCUUAUGGAGCGUGCCUUUGUGGUGCGCGGCGGCGGGGUCCGGUUGCAGUCAUGGCAUUACCGCUUCAACUUCUUCCUCAUGGGCUGCUGGCUUUGUGUCUUUAUCCUGCUCGAGACUGGCCGAAUCUACGCGCUCCGCACGGAUGGUGUUUGCACUUUCGGGUGGGAAUGGUGGGCGCUCAUCCCCCUCAUGUCUCUGGAUGUCUUCGUCAACAUCUACCUCGUCGCCAUGUUCGUCAUCCCGCUCUUUCGCAACCAAUUCCUCAACCGCAAGCUACGUCGGCUGGCGAUCAAGUCGCUCUGGACGUCCGUCGGCUCCGUCCUGGCCACCAUGGUCAACCUUGUCAUGCUCAUCAUGAUCGAAGCGCCGGGAUGGCUCUGCCUCGGAUCUUGCAGCAUCGACAUCUUCGCCAACGCGGUGCUGCUUUUCUACAUGACCAUGACGCAAAAAUCAGAUGACAAAGAAGCAAAGGCAGCAUGGACGCUCAACGGCUUCCACCAAGUGUCGCUGCCGGCCUCGUCGUCGCGCGUGUCGUCGUCGCGAGGCACGGGACAGGAGUCGAAGGAGCAGUGGCCGUCGGUUUCCAACAUCGAAGCGCAGAACGAACUCAUCGAGUACGAGCUCCGGGCGCACAUGGCGGCGGACCUGACGGCGGACCACAACACAACCGUCAUCGAGGCGGUGCAGGUGCCGCGAGAGGCGAGUAUUGCCGACAACAACAGCGACCAAGGAAUCCUGCCACACUCGGGCAUACGCGUAACCCGCACCGUCGGAUUUCAGUGA